AUGAGCCAGAACACGAGUCAGGUUUGGCUGCAUGAAACCGAGGUAACGUCGAGUACCGACUUGGCAAGUAAUGCGAGUGUGCCUCAGACAUCACACGCCAUCGAUGUCGUUUCAUCAGUGUCAUCAAACGUCCUGACUACCUUCGGAUACACACUAGAGGCAGCAGAACCGUCUGCUAACACUUCAAGCUUGGAGCAUUGGAAUGUUAGCAGCAGAAUGGCCAACUUUACUUCACCGGGGCCUGACCUAAGCUUGGAGUUCCAGAUCCCCAUGUACGCGAUUAUCUUCCUUCUGUCAGUUGUUGGCAACAUCCUGGUGAUUGUCACGGUCAUCCAAAACAAGAAGAUGAGGUCUGUGACCAACGUGUUCCUUCUCAACCUCUCCGUUUCCGACCUGCUCAUGACCGUUUUCUGCAUGCCAUUCACGCUAGUGCCUCUCUUCUUGAGGAACUUUAUCUUCGGAGAGGUCAUGUGUGUGCUAAUUCGCUACAUGCAAG